GCAAUUUUGUUAAAUUCUAGCUAGCAUGUAACUAGCAAAGAAAAGUGAGUCAUUAGAUGAAAUUUUAAACCAAUCUUACACCGUUAAAAUCAUCAUUGAUAACUAUUUGAGGCUACAAAUCACAAAAGUUGCUACCCCUAACAUUCGUCUGUAUAUAUAUAUAUGCACCACUAGCUAUGCAAUAAUAACUAAUAAUAAUGCCUACGAGAUCAGAGACAUACAAAUCACUACUACAAGUUGAAGAAUCAUCAGAAAAUGGCACCUUGAUGCCCCGUGCUCUGCUUAUUCUGUCCUCUGUUUGGGAGAGAUCGAUUAAGAAGAAUGACAAAUUGGUGAUGAUGAUAUCAUCAAAGAGGAAUAAUAAUAAGAAGGAAAAUAAUAUCACCGUGUUCCAUGGAUCGAAGGCACCAAAGUUGAGCAUCACACGGUACAUGGAGCGCAUCUUAAAGUAUGCACGGUGCAGUUCCUCUUGUUUUGUGAUAGCGCAGAUAUACAUUGACAGGUAUUUCAGUAAAAAUGGUGGAUACCUAACUUCCUUCAAUGCUCACCGCCUCCUCGUUACAAGCCUUCUUGUUGCUGUCAAAUUCGUCGACGAUCGAUGCAGGUUGAGCGGCUCCUCGGUAGGCGUCUGAAGGUUCUGCGGCGAAGUGGUUUACUUUGGGGUCUCUUUUUGUUAUUUUGAUGUAUAUAUAUGUAUAGUUUCUCCUCUUGUAUGUAAGAAUACUUUGUUUAUGUACCUCUUAGAGGUUUUAUGGAGAACUAGAGUUUUGAACAUGUUCUUUUGGGUUAUUAUUAUGUAUAUAUAUGUACGUAUAUGUCCUCCGGCCAGCCUUGGCUUCGCAGGCUGAGUCAGGAGCUAGUUAUGCUGUGUUCUUGGCCCUCUACUCGUAUCAUCUGUAAAUAUAUAUUAUUGAACUUUA